GGCGUAUUCAUGUUACCUGGAAGAAAGGCAAUAAGCAAGUGGCCAAGAUGAAAGGUCACCCUGUACGGGGCUCUGGAACAUACAGCGAGAGAUUUCGUGCAUUCUCCAAUGGCAGCUUGAGUGUUUGCCCCAUGCAGCCAGGGGAUGAGGGCCAGUACACAGCAGAAGUGUUUGAUCAUGAUGGGGCAGGUUUGGGCCAUCAAAAAAUUCAACUGGAGCAUAGCGGAAACAAAACAGCACCUGUUCAAGAAGUAACAGGAAUUGUCGGCGGCUCCGUGCUCCUACCUCUAGCAGCGAAGGAUUGGAAUGACUUGGUCCAGAUAAUGUGGAAGAAAGACAGCAUGUUGGUUGCUGAGUUAAAUUACUCCCAGUCGGAGUCCAAUGCGGGAAACACCUACAGAUCUCAGAUCCUAUCUGAUGGCACGCUCAGACUUGACAGGCUUCAGGAAAGUGAUUGUGGACGGUAUUCAGUGGAAGUGCGAAACAGAGAUGGGAAGAUUAUAUACCAGAGAAUGAUUGAUGUGAAAGUGGAACAAGAGACGGUGGCCUCACCAGUUAACCUGCAUUUACUGUUAUUCACCAUAGUGGGAGUGCAUGUUGCUGUAUUCAUUGUUGUGUUGGGUUCACUAAUAUGGCAUUUUAGAAAGUGCAAACACAGAACAGGUCGCAUGACAAACCUAAGCUGCCGGCAUGUGACUUUGGGCCGAAGCGGCUAUGACGAGGACCUUGUAGAAUGUGGAGAGGGAGACAUGAGCAGCCCUGACCAAGGGAAGGAAGGACCUAAAUCACAGCCCAGGCCUGUGCAUGCUGGAAACGAUGUUGCCUCAGUUAUUAAAGACUGUGUUCCUCUGAAAAAUGGGAACUAUAUUCCUCAGGAUGACAGGGACUUCGUCCCCCCAGCCUUUGACGACUGCGUCCCCCCAGCCUUUGACGACUGCGUCCCCCCAGCCUUUGACGACUUCGUCCCCCCAGCCUUUGACGACUUCGUCCCCCCAGCCUUUGACGACUUCGUCCCCCCAGCCUUUGACGACUGCGUUCCUCCAGCCUUUGACGACUGUGUUCCUCCAGCCUUUGACGACUUCGUCCCCCCAGCCUUUGACGACUGUGUUCCUCCAGCCUUUGACGACUGUGUUCCUCCAGCCUUUGACGACUGUGUCCCUCCAGCCUUUGACAACUGUGAUCCCUCAGAAUAUGAUGACUGUGGUCCCCCAGCCUUCAAUGACUCUGGUCUAUAG